CACAUCCUGCCUUGGGGGUCUGAGUGCUCCCGGGAAGGGGGUCCCACAUCCUGCCUUGGGGGUCUAAAUGCAGCUGCAGGGAACGCAAUCCUGCCCUGCGGGUUGGAGUUCCCUCGGGGGGUCCCACAGCAUGACUUGAUGGUCUGAGUCCUCCUCCAGGGGGGGUUCCCACAUCCUGCCUUGGGGGGUCUAAGUGCUCCCCUAGGCAUCCCACAUCCUUCCUUGGGAGUUCGAGUGUGGCCAUGGGAGUCCCAAUCCUGCCUUGGGGAUCCGAGUGCUUCCCUGGGGUCUCACAUCCUGCCUUGGGGUCCAAGCCCAUCCUGGGGGUCUCACAUCCUGCCUUGGGGAUCCAAGCCCAUCUCGGGGGUCCCACAUCCUGCCUUGGGGGUCUGGGCCCAUUCCGGGGGUCCUGCAUCCUUCCCUGGGGGUCCAGGCCCAUCCGGGGGUUCCACAUCCUGCCUUGGGGGUCCAAGCCCACCCCAGGAGUCCCACAUCCUGCCUUGGGGGUCCGAGCUCAUCCUGGGGGUCCCACAUCCUGCCUUGGGGGUCAGAGUGCUUCCUUGGGGUUCUCAUAUCCUGCCUUGGGGGUCCAAGCCCACCCUGGGAGUCCCAUAUCUUGCCUUGGGGGUCCAAGCCCACCCUGGGAGUCCCAUAUCUUGCCUUGGGGGUCCAAGCCCACCCCAGGAGUCCCACAUCCUGCCUUGGGGGUCCGAGCUCAUCCUGGGGGUCCCACAUCCUGCCUUGGGGGUCAGAGUGCUUCCUUGGGGGUCUCAUAUCCUGCCUUGGGGGUCCAAGCCCACCCUGGGAGUCCCACAUCUUGCCUUGGGGGUCCAAGCCCAUCCUGGGGGUCCCACAUCCUGCCUUGGGGGUCUGGGCCCAUUCUGGGGGUCCUGCAUCCUACCCUGGGGGUCCGGGCCCAUCCUGGGGGUCCCACAUCCUGCCUUGGGGAUCCAAGCCCACCCUGGGAGUCCCAUAUCUUGCCUUGGGGGUCCAAGCCCAUCCCAGGGGUCCCACAUCCUGUCCUGGGGGUCUGGGCCCAUUCCGGGGGUCCCACAUCCUGCCCUGGGGGUCCGGGCCCCUCCUGGGGGGUCCCACAUCCUGCCUUGGGGGUCCAAGCCCAUCCCAGGGGUCCUGCAUCCUGCCCUGGGGGUCUGGGCCCAUUCCGGGAGUCCCACAUUCUUCCCUGGGGGUCCGGGCCCAUCCUGGGGGUUCCACAUCCUGCCUUGGGGUUCAAGCCCAUUCCGGGGUUCCACAUCCUGCCUUGGGGGUCCAAGCGGAGCUUUGAGAGUCUCAUCCCAUCACUGGGGGUCUGCAACUCGGCCUCAGGGGGCCCAGACGCUGCGUUGGGAGUCAUCGCCAGUUCGGAGGAGACUCAAACUUUGCCUGGCAUGUCUGAGUCCAUGAUCUCAGGGUCUGCAGAAAGCCACGGCCUUUCCGAUAUUUCGAUGAUGGUGAAGCUCGUGAUUCUAACAUGCACAACGAAGGAGGGGACGCGUAGGGACACGUAG